AUGUUUCUUAAAAUUGCAAUAAUUGCUUUCGCUGUAUCGAUCAAUACUACAUCAGCAGGCGACGACGUGUGGACUGGUUUCGUGGCUUCCUGGUCGAACGAUUCCAGCCACUUCUACGAACUUCCUCAGACGUUGGAAUCAGCUCAAAACCAAGGAUGGACCAACAUCUCGGGUGUCGAACAACCAGAUGGAGUUGCAGCUCUCGGCUACGAAAGUGACUUUAGAUUCGUGAUCCUCUAUUUGACCGAAACUGGUUCAGCAAUCGGAGUUCAAGUUGCUAUUCCGGCAGCGGACGUUGAUAGUUCAGGCCAACCAAUGGAAUAUGCCAACAUCUCAGCCGUAACGACGAAGGUGUUAGAAGGUGUCGAAUGUUACACAGUAACUGCGCUCUUCUACAUCGAUGGGACUUCUGGUGCUCGCGAACUUUGGUUCCUCGAAAAAAACGGAACGCGUCAAAUGCCAACGAACGCUUCCUUGAUAACCUCAGAAAUGGGCUACUAUAACGGACAUUGCGUACCAAGCAUGGGCAAUCACUACUACCCCAUAACUACGACGACCAAAUGCUCUAGUUUGAACCCAUGGUUCAUUCUGUACGAAGGAGAAAACGUAAUCGGCUUCGGCUUUCAAGGCAUUGGAACCGUGACUUCUUCGUCGGUACGUGAUUGGUGGGAGUCCAUCCCACCAGCAACCACAUCGACCGCCAUUCCCUCGGACGGACCUAUCUGUCUCGGUCUCGCAACUGUUCUUUACGGAAUCACUUCUGUGCACAUUUGGCUCGUUGACCAGCCCCAGAACAUCACCUGCAAUUGAUGAAAUGUAUCUUGUAAAUGAGGUGAAACACCUGGAAUCCAUCCGAGAUUUGCAAUUACA